AUGCCCAAAGCCACCUGGAGGAAGGAGGCUCCAGAUUCAGCACUUGAUUCGAUGCCUUCAACCGAUCUCAUCCCAAGUCGUCAUCAUCUCACAUCAUUGUCUUUGUACUUACUGCCUUUCGCUCGAUGGAAAAAGUCUUCACCAAAAUCUUCUUUAUUGUCAUUGGUAUCUUCUUCGUUUUAA